UGGACCCCGAUGCGCCAGGCCUCGCGCGGUGCAGCCGGCCCCGAAGGUGCCCUGCAGUGACCCUCGGGCACUCGGCUUGCGCCCGGCCGAGGACGAUGAAAGCCGCCGCCGCUGCCGCCGCCAACCCCUGGGACCAAGAGCUGGAACUAGACAAUGAGUUACAAGGCACUAAUAGUUCUGGAUCGUUGGGUGGUCUUGAUGUGCGAAGAAGAAUUCCUAUAAAGCUCAUCUCCAAGCAAGGGAACAAAGCUAAGGCUGCACCUCGAACUCAGAGGACUAUAAACAGGAUGCCUGCAAAGGCUCCACCUGGUGAUGAAGAAGGUUUUGAUUAUAAUGAAGAAGAACGGUAUGACUGUAAAGGGAGUGAGCUGUUUGGAAAUCAGCGAAGAUUUCCUGGACAUCUUUUUUGGGAUUUUCAGAUAAACAUCUUAGGUGAAAAGGAUGAUACACCAGUUCAUUUCUGUGACAAAUGUGGAUUGCCUAUUAAAAUCUAUGGGAGAAUGAUUCCAUGCAAACAUGUCUUUUGCUACGACUGUGCUAUAUUACAUGAAAAAAAGGGAGAUAAGAUGUGUCCAGGUUGUAGUGAUCCUGUGCAGAGAAUUGAACAGUGUACACGAGGUUCUCUCUUCAUGUGUAGCAUUGUUCAAGGGUGCAAGAGAACAUACUUAUCUCAGAGAGACUUACAGGCUCAUAUCAACCACCGCCAUAUGAGAGCUGGAAAACCUGUUACGCGGGCUUCACUUGAAACUGUUCAUCCUCCUAUUGCUCCACCACCAACUGAAAUCCCUGAUCGUUUUAUAAUGCCUCCAGACAAGCACCAUAUGAGCCAUAUUCCACCAAAGCAGCACAUCAUGAUGCCACCACCUCCUCUGCAGCAUGUGCCACAUGAGCACUAUAACCAGCCACAUGAGGAUAUUCGUGCUCCUCCAGCAGAAUUGUCUAUGGCUCCACCUCCACCUCGUUCGGUCAGUCAGGAAACCUUUCGUAUUUCAACGAGAAAAAUCAGCAAUUUAAUAACUGUCCCUAUUCAGGAUGACUCAAAUUCAGGUGCUAGAGAACCACCACCACCUGCCCCAGCACCUGCUCACCAUCAUCCUGAAUAUCAGGGUCAACCAGUGGUAUCGCACCCGCAUCAUAUUAUGCCUCCACAGCAACAUUAUGCACCACCCCCACCACCACCUCCACCAAUAAGCCAUCCAAUGCCACAUCCUCCCCAGGCUGCAGGUACGCCUCACUUGGUUUAUAGCCAAGCACCACCUCCACCAAUGACCUCUGCUCCACCACCAAUAACCCCUCCCCCUGGACAUAUUAUUGCCCAGAUGCCACCUUAUAUGAACCAUCCUCCUCCAGGACCUCCCCCACCUCAACACGCUGGUCCACCUGUAACUGCACCCCCUCCUCACCAUUAUAAUCCUAACUCUUUACCCCAGUUCACUGAAGAUCAAGGAACUUUGAGCCCUCCAUUUACACAACCAGGGGGAAUGAGUCCUGGUAUAUGGCCUGCACCAAGAGGGCCACCACCUCCACCACGAAUGCAGGGUCCACCUUCUCAGACCCCACUUCCUGGACCACAUCAUCCAGAUCAGACAAGAUAUAGACCGUAUUAUCAAUGAUAAUAGUAUUUUGAACUGAAGAUAUGGUAGGGGGAAGAACUUAAUGUAUAGUCAAUCUUUUAAGCUUUGACUGGGGAAGGAAAAGAGCACCCUUACUGAGGUAACUGUAAAACACAUAGGGUCUUGUCUCUUAAAAAUCGUUCUAAAUCUUCACUUUAGAAUUGAUUUCGAGUACUAUACAUAGUGCAGAGAAGUGACUCAAUUGAGCACAGCUAUAUUUUAACAACUUUAUUCCCCUAAUGUGGUAAAAUGACCCAGAGGCAACAGUUUGUGAAAGAAAAAAAAAAUUUUUUUUUGAAGAAAAAUUUCGUUGUUCCAGUUUCCAAGGUAUCAUUUUUGUUAAACCCAAUGUUUAGUUUUUCUUGUUAUAAUUUUGUUAACCUGUGUAAAAGGAUUAAAUUUCAGUAUGGUUGUACAAAUGCUAUUUUUAUGUGAAUUUAAGUGCAGCCACUGUUUUUUAAAACAUGUUUUACCACUAAUUUCCCAAAGUUACAAUAAAACCCUAAAAGUAAAGAUCUAUUAGAUUUUACUUCAAGACAGACUGUUAAAUGGUAGAGAAUUAUUUCAUAUUUUAGGCACUGAAAUUUUGAGGUAUAUUAACAUAAUGCACUUCACUUGGAUGCCUUCAUACAUAGGCAGCCUCAGGAGCACCAAAAUACAUUGCAGUUCUGGUACUAAGACAUUCAUGUUUGUAAUAUUAAAAGGUAUAACUAAUUAUUUGGAAGAUGUGGCCAAAGUAUUUGACUCUACAGUCUACAAGCUGUUGGGAAAUACUGUUACUAAUUACAGUUUAUCAUGUUUUUUACUGAAUGGGUAACAUUUCCUGAUGCACCACACUUAUUAAUCCUAAGUAACAUUUUUUAUUAGAACUGUUUGGUGUUAUACAUGAAGUGUGUUCUACUCUGCUCGUUGUAUUAAGCUAAGUAGACUUUAUGGAAUUCCUUAUUUCACAGUAGAGUUUGAUCCUGUACUUGGUUUUGCUUAUUGGCCAUUUUCUUUAAAAAUUCUAAUUAUUUUUCAUUCCUUUUAUUGGUUAAGGAGUCUAAAACUUGGAAUAUUUUAGCAUGGAGUCAGCAGUGAAGAUCAUCAGAUAUUUUAAAUUGAAGAGAAGUGUAAUGACUAAAUUGUGAAUUUCAGUGCUUUGUAAGGUGCCUUUAGUCAGCUUUUGCAUUAUAGGGGCUCAUUACUGUCCAACUAAGAUGACCACUUACAGUUUAUACAAAACUCAUGUAUAAAUUAACAUUUGGGCGAUAUUAUUAUAUAUCCUUUGAAUAAACCCCUGUGAAGUAUUUCCUCCCCUCUAAAAUGGUGCAUAAUAUAAACAUGAAAUGUGUAGUAUGCAGAUAUCAUUUAUGAAAUAGUUUGUAGUGUAUAAAUUUAUAAUACUUUUUGACAAAGGUUUAACAGAUUGCUAAUUCACCAUUUUAUUCUGUUAGGUACAGGCAAAACAAGUUUAUCAUCUUAGAUAAUUAGAUACAGAGUCAUCUAUAAACUUAAGAGUUGAAGUUAGAAAUGGCCAUUUUACCCUUUACAGCCAAAAACAACUGAUACAUCUUUUUUAAGUGUCGUUUUUUUCUCUCACACCUAGCAGUUUAAGUAAUGCAAUACUUCUAGUGAGAAAUUCUUGUAUUAGAAGCAUGGGAGUGAAAUAGUGUGAAAUAUUGGUGACGAGUGCUUCUAUCAUAUUACUGUAGGUACUUGGACUGGUGCAAACUUGAUUCCCUUUCACGCCCUUUUAAGGAGCUGUUAAAUUAAUAUUACUGUUAAAAAUUCAGUAUCAUUCUUUCAUAUGAUUAAAAAAAAAUAGCCAAAUUCACUUUUGAGCUUGUAAACUCUGAAGAGCUCUCCUAUUUUUUUGUUUGUUUGUUUUUGUUUUUUUCUUAACUGAAGGUCCCUAUAGUUGAAGGUGAUGUGACACCACUUGGCCUAUAUAUUGGACAAAAAGAAAAAUCAUGGUAAAAUUCCACAUGUAAAGAAUUUUUAGGCUUUUUAAAAAAAUGAUUUAUUUUUGGUUAGGUUUAAGAAAUAACGAAGGGAGGCAGAUCAGUUAUUGUGUUGUAGCAGAUAAACUUUGAAUGGUGUUAGACUUGAAUUCGUCCAGUUAUUAUUUGAAUGCGGGUGGGUGGGUAGAAGAUUACAGAAUUACUGUUAGUGUUUCUUUCCUUAAGGAAAAAAGAUGUGAAUCCCAGCCUUUUUUCAGGGAAGCCUUUGAAGCUAUGAUGGACUUAAGUCUAAGUUAAAUGUAUGUAUGUUUCAUUAUAUUGCUCUUAAGACUACUGAGGUGGCAGUUUAAUUCUUAAAAACAAUAAAAUGGAAGCAUAAAUACUA